AUGGCGGUCAAUACGGCCAACGACGAGGCGAUCGCACGCGCCGUGGCACAGAGCGAGCAAGUGGCCUCCGCGGACGCGAUCUCCAUCGGUCGACGCUUCGAUCGCAAGAUACGAAGAGUGCUGCACCGAGUCAAGGAGGGAAUGGCCGACGAGGUCUCGGCGAUCAAGGACGCCUUCCGACCACGCGUCAACACCUUCAACAGUUUUGAGGAGAACGAUGAAUACCUCAACGGGAAGCAGCUGCUCAAGAAGAGGCUCGACCUGUACACGCUGGCCGAGUACAGCGUCUCGGGCAACGGCGAUUGCCAGUUUGCGUCGUUGGCGGACCAGUUGUACCGUACCACGGGAAUGGCGGCCGUGGUGAGGCACACCAUCGUCAAUUACCUCAGAUCGCUCAUUGGCGGGCCUGGCGACGUGUGCAUGCGCGCGCAGGCCAAUGCGGAGCGAUUCAGACAGUACGUGCCCGGCGACUACACGGAAUACUGCAACACGAUGGACAAGCGCGGCACAUGGGGCGAUCACAUCACGCUCCAGGCGGCGGCGAACGUGUACGGGGUGGAGAUUCAUUUGCUGACGUCGUACAAGGACACGGUGUGGAUGGAGAUCAAGCCGCAGGACGGGGCCAAGACACAGAAGAGCCUCUGGCUCUCCUUCCUCGCCGAACUCCACUAUAACUCACUCUACUCGCGACAAGAUCUGACGAGCCGAGUGAAGGCGGAGGAGGAGCUGCGCAGGAGCUACGCCAGCCAAGACCAGGCGGCCUCUUCCGCGCUCAGCGCUGCCACGAGCGCCGCUGCCGCCCCAGCAGAGGAGGGGAACGGCCCACCGGUCCUGGCGGACGGCGGUCACCACCACUGUCUCCUCAUGUAG